ACGAAUAACAUAAGUGGGAAUAUAUAUCCUAUAAUGCAGAAUAUAGAGGCUGCAAAACAGUCAACUGCUGUGAUAUACUUAAAUUUUGUGGUAUCACAGAACUGGAGGUAGAGAUGGAUUUGACUGAGGGGGUGCACACAUGCAUAAGUACAUGUACGUACGUAAGAAAGAGGACGUGUGCACGUGCGUGUAAACUGCGUUAUUUUAGUGGUUUAUAUGUCUCUAAGUAGGAUAACUAAGUUAAGAAGAUGCAGCUAAUUUCAUUAUUUUUUUUAAUUGGACACAGGAAAUGAAAAUGUAAAUUGCACAGACUUUCUUAUUCAAACACUUUAAAAGAUAAACUGAAUGGCCAUUCUACUUUCUUUUUUUUUUUUUCCCUCAAACGGCCUUCACAGCAGGUUUGCAUGUCAGGACUAACUGUGCAAAAUGUGUGUAAAUAGAAAGUGAACCUGUGACCCCGUCUCUACCAGUAAUCACAAACACUGCUUCAGUUGUUGCAGCAGGUGCUGGCAGCCAAAUUGAAAAAAAAAAGGAGGGAAAAGCUGAAGAUCCGAACAGACACAACAAUCCCAAACUUGAGCCUCGAUUCUUAUCUCAUUCCUGUCCCAUGUGUAUGGCGGACACUGAUAAUUUUCAGCAUGUCCACUUCACACAUGCACAGGGCCGCCAUUGUCAAAGCUGGGCUUGGUGACUGAAGCACCAUUACCUCUCAAAUCUAAUCAGAUUCCCUUAAGUGGAUAACAAGCGUGUCUCCGGCAUUUACAGUAGUGAGAAAGCUGAAGUGAAACCAGGACAAUCCGCCGUCACACAAAGCAGAUGUGGUGUGCAGCAGUGCUGGCAUCCCUCCUGCUGUCCGUAGUGGAAAAAAAAUGUUGAUUGGCUAACAACUGGCAUCUUGUUUGGCCGGGACGAGUCAGAUAAAAACUCUCAGUCACUACUGACAGGAUGAGUAUUGUGAUGAGCCCCUUCUUAGUUAGGUGCAUGAGUGGUGAAUAAGACCAGCGAGUCUGGCUGACAUGGGGAAUUUAAUGCUGAGGUUUAGUAAAACACCAAAACUGCAGAUGGUUUAGUUGCCACUGAAAAUGUGAAAAUGCAAUUUGCUAACCAUUUGAAAGUUAAAAACGAAGACACUGUCGCUCAGUUGAAGUCAGUCAGACUUUAGAUGGUUUAAUAUAACCAGUUUUGCUCAUUUGUUAGUAUUUUUAGCUCAGCGCUAGCAACUUUUAUCAGAACGUUACUCAGACUUGCUUCAUGGGCUUUGAUUAUCUGCGCCUUUUCCUGAUAAGUUACAUCUGCUAACCGUUUUCAGCGCUGGAUGAUAUGCUCUAAAUGAGUCAUGACAAUGUGGAAACGAAAACUGGCUUAAACAUUUAAUUUUAAAUGGUCACAAAGGCAAAGAAGUGUCCUAGAAUAAAAUUAAAAAUACACAUAUUUAUCAUCACAUUUCCUCUCUCCAAUCAGUACUAAUCAGAUGAUUGUUACAUGAAUCAGCUACUAUGUCAGCAUUGAGGCUAAAGUGAUUUUCCUCUAGUUCCGGUUAAUUAGUUGAUCUCAGUCUUUUAUUUGGGGAUUUAAAAAAAAAAAUCAGAAGAGGCUGUUUUUUGACCAGCGAACAUUUGAGAGGAAGUAAGAGAAAUCUGGAACUAAGACUAACAUUAUAAGAUCGCUGUUAAUAUAUAAUCCCCAAAACACUCUGCAUGCCACGAACUAACAAAGGGAGUUUCAACAAUAAACUUAUUGUCCUCCUCUUAUUACGUCCCCUGGUCAAGCAACCGAAUGACACAUUUUAGUUGGGAGCCAAAAAUAAAGCUCAACUUACUUAAAGUACGUUACUCAAAAUAGCUUUAUUGCUGUUAAUAAAUGGGAAAAUGAUAAUACUAAACUAUCUACAAUGCAACCAGUGAAUGAAUGAAAAGGCCUGGUUAAAAAUGGCAUUAGAGAAGUUAUUUAAAACCCUCAUUGGGGAACAAGGGUCAAUUGUGCUGCCACAACCCCUGAAGCAGGCGGCAGAGGACUUUGGGAGAUGACCAAUGAUUGGUCAACAGGACAGAAAGGGCGGUCCGAAUGAAUUAGUGAUAGACGCUAAAGGCAGAUAGCCUGCUGUGAUCAAACCCUAGAUGAUCUGACAGUCUAGUGUUUGAAGUGAUUACCAUGCUACGCAACAUAAAGGCUUACGCCCAGCUUUGGGCCUAAUUAGUUCACUUAGAGAGCUUUAUAAGACACUCGUAGGGGACUGCAAGGGACAGAAACUCACUGAGAAGUCACGAUAGCAGCAGACCUGGAUCCCUAAAGUUGCUGCUACAACCAGAGUAAACCAAUCUGAAGAUUAUCUGCUUUUCUGAGAAUGCCACACUUAAGUGACUGCAGUUACUACACAAUGCGGGACGCAACCAGAGCUUCAAACGUACAGAGCCACCUGGAGAACUCCAAGUUUCACCUCCACCAGAGCCAGAGCCAGCCGGUCAAGCAGUACCUGACGCUGGGCUCCAAGCUGGCCUCCUCGGCCGCGUCGGGCCACGCCGUGCAGCAUCCACACACCCCCGGCCAGGUGCUGGCCACCGUGCCCAUCAUGAGGAACGGACACAUGGCUUCGGUCAGCGACGGCAGCAACCCCAACAGCCCCGUCACCCUGCUCACCAUGUCCAACCACGACAGCGAGUUUCCAAUGGAUGAAGUUAUUGAUGACCUAAUUAGUCUUGAAUCCGGCUUCAAUGAUGGAGGCCUGGAUUGCAUGGAGCCUAACAUCUUAAUGCAAAACAAUGUGUCCCUCAGUAGCAGCAUGCUGGACGUCUAUGGGGGUGAACAAGGUAUGAACGCCCCUAAUGGUGGAAUGAGUCCCACAUCUAACCCCACAAAGCUCACUGUAAAAAGGGAAUACACAGAACACGACACAAGGGUGAUGGCCAAGGAGAGGCAGAAAAAAGACAACCAUAAUUUGAUUGAAAGAAGACGAAGAUACAACAUCAACUACAGGAUUAAGGAGCUGGGGACGCUCAUACCAAAGUCGAAUGACCCAGACAUGAGGUGGAACAAAGGUACCAUCCUGAAGGCCUCGGUGGAGUACAUAAGGUGGCUGCAGAAGGAGCAGCAGCACGCCCGGGAGCUGGAGAGCCGUCAGAAGAAGCUGGAGCAAGCGAACAGGAGGCUCCUGCUGAGGAUCCAGGAGUUAGAGAUUCAGGCACGAGCGCACGGACUCCCGAACAUGGCUGCGGCCUUGGGGACAGUUGAACUAUCAUCCCAUCUUCUCAAACAGCAGCAACAACAACAACAGCAGCAGCAGCAGCAGCAGCAGCAGCAUUCACCUCCCCAGGCCCAGCAACUGCAGCAGCCCCCCCUCUACCAGGAGGACCCCAACGGCGACUACCUCCAGAGGAUCGUCGCGACCGGGGUGCCGUCCAUCGCCACAAUCAGCGGGCCGCAGGAUCACAUCGCGGGCGCCGACGCCGGCACCACAUUCUCCGACCCGCUGUCCCAUUUCACAGACUUCUUCACCGCCACGCUCAAAGAGGAGCACCAGCUGGACGAGAUCCUGAUGGACGACCCGCUGUCGCCGUUCGGCACCGACCCGCUCCUGUCGGCGGGCUCGCCGGGCGCCGCGUCCAAGGACAGCAGCCGCAGGAGCAGCUUCAGCUCCGCGGAGGGCGACGACCUAUAAGGGUCGGCCUCCUCACUGACACUCUCUCGUUGUCGCUCGACGCCGACGAGGCCGCGACCCCCCCCCCCCCCGGCGGUAAAGGGCAAAACAGGAGCCUUUAAAAGACUGACGGCUCAAGGGUUUCAAGUAAUUUAAAUGACAGCUGACACGCCUGACAGCACCAACCUGUGCGUGAAGUGUGUAGCUCUUGUUGAUCGGGGGAGUGCUGCAGCUCGACUGUCCCAAAAAAGCUCUGCAAAGCUCAGCUCUGCCUCCCAAUCACAGCAGAAACAGACUCGUAAUAAAAAGGGACAUUUAUCAGUAAAUAAUGUAAAUAACUUCUUUUUUUUUGGUAAACACUGGUGGCUAUACACUGUAUAAUAUGAAAAAUAACUACUAAAAACUUGCUAAAAGUAUCCUUUUUUUUAUAUAAAAAUGCAAAUACUACUACUACUACACAAACGGUUCUUAACCAGUUGCAGACAUUUGCGUUGUGUAACGUGCCUUACGUAACCGAUGUACUCACCUCAAUGCCUAACAUGUCCUCAGCCCUUUGUCUGUGUCUUUUAUAUGUUUUUGUUGAAUAAGCAUGUUUGUAUUUAUAUAUGUUUAAAUCCAUGUAUUCAUAAAACAGAUAUAUAUUAUUAGCUAACAUGUUUUUUAUUCUUAGUAGGGGUGGGGAAAAACUAUAAUAAACCCCUUUUUUUGAUAUUA